UAUUGGAUGCCAACCGCCUCAUCGAAGAAGAAGAUGAAGAUGAGCCCCGAGUUGGAUUUCCGCGUUGGAUGACCGUUCAAAUCGAUUUUUCUAUGUCGGAAACUCGAUUUUAUUCUCAGUUCCCAGUUGUUUGAACGGACUGAUGUCGGAGAUUUCCAAAUUCGCAGUUUCGAGUUCCUAGUGUUUUUCAACGCAGCUGUCGGGAAUGUCAGAUGUUGUCAUAGCUAGUUUUGAAUGUUGAUCCAUAAUUCCACAUAAGAUUGAAAGGUUAAAUUAUAAAAGAUGCCGAGGGUCCCAGCAGUCCUUGAAUAUGAAACACUGACCGAGUGUAAAUACAGCUUCCCUGUUGAGGUUGUCAGUGAUAUCAAGAAUGUUACAGCGACUUAUGGAGACCUGCGUAUGUAUGUGGAUUUCUACUGUUUCCCCAAUAAGGAAAAGAGGAAGUUAGUUUAUUUGGCUGGUACUAUUCCAGUUCCACAUGACGCAGGUAACACAUAUAAUAUCCCAGUGUGCAUCUGGCUCCACGAGACUCACCCCCAGAGCCAGCCGCGGUGCUACGUGUGUCCCUCCAUCUCCAUGUUGAUCAACCCCAGGUGCCCAUAUGUGGAGGCCAGUGGGCAGGUGCUCCUCGACUGCCUCAACAACUGGAAGAGCGGGCUGGCCAACCUGUCAUUGCUCGUCUCAGAAAUGAGGUCUGCAUUUCAAAAGGAAACGCCCCUCUUUGCCAUGCACCCAAUCAGAGUUCAGAUGCUACCUACUGCAGCACACUCCAGUGCACAUGCAGAGUCUUCGGACCCUGGCAGCUGGCCUCAAUCAAGCAGCUCUACCCCGAGAGCCAGGCGCUCCUCGAUGUCCCCCACGCCACUACCUAGAGAUAUAGUUCCGCCCAAGAGUUUAAAGUCCAGCCUUUCGGGGCCUCUCAGAGAGUCUACGACUGGUGUGAGGCGGUCCUACACAGAGGAGCUACUGGAUAUGGGGAUAAACUUUGGAGUGCCAGGGGGAGUCCAGUUUCCCUACUCCUCCACCAACCCCUUCAUCACUACUGCCUCUGCGCCAAAUAACACUCCUGUUAGUUCUGAGGACAUGAACAACCUAUUCAAGAGCCUACAGCUGGAAAAUGUUGUCAAUGUGUACCAGCUUGGUACUAAAGAAAGAGGACAGACGCAAGGCGAUGGAGGUGAUCAAGGUGGUGGUGACUACCCCCCAAUCCCCACUGCAGUCACGCCCCUAGUGGACAACCAGCAUCGUAUCCUGGUGAGCCGGCUGCCACCGGACCAGUCCCCCAGCCGUGUGAAGAACAAGCUCACCCUCUACUUCCAGCGCAGGAGCAACGGUGGGGGAGAGGUGCUGGAUGUGACCUACCCCUACCCCCCGACCCAGCCUGACCAGGCACUGGUCAGCUUCCGCAGUCCCAGAGAUGCAGAGCAGGUGCUCUUACAGGCAGACCGAAUCUUUACUGUGAAUGAGAAACCUUUCCGUAUACAGCUCAAGAGGGUCAACAGUGCUCAGAUUGCGGUGCCGCCCGGCGUCUCCGGCGACAAGGCGGCCAUCUUCCAUAGCCUGCUGUCACUUGAGGGGCGGAGCUUCAGCCAGGCCGACGUGGAGGAGGCGGUGCAGUCGUGCCGGGACCUUCCCUCGGCCCUCAAGUACCUGUCUCAUGAAUGCCCCAUCUGCCGCGAGCAGGUGUCCUUCAGCAAGAUCAUCACUAUGACCCAUUGCCCAUGUGCCUUCUGCGAGAGCUGCUUCAAGGCCUACUUCUCCCAGGCCAUCAAGGAGAAGAGCAUCGUCCAUGUGGUGUGUCCCCUGUGUGGCCAGCCCGACGUGCGUCAGAGCCAGGGAGGCGUGGAGGAGGCCUUGGACUACUUCAGCCUUCUGGACACACAGAUCAGGCACUACCUAGAUCCUCAGAUCCAUGAGUUGUUCCAGAGGAAGCUGAGAGACCGAGCCUUGCAGGAGAUGCCCAACUUCCGCUGGUGUGCCCACUGCUCCUUUGGCCUUCUACACGAGGCUGACCAGCUGAGAAUGGACUGUCCUAGUUGUAGGAAGAGCACCUGCUCCCAAUGCAAGUCCGCAUGGGCUCCACAACACCAGGGUCUUUCCUGUGAGAAGUUCAGAAAGUGGCAACUCCACAAUAACCCAGAGUACCAGACCGCAAAGCUGGAGAAUCUCCUCAGCAGGAAUAAAAUAAAAUGUCCAAAAUGCAAGUUUGUGUUCUACCUUUCCAAGGGAGGCUGUCUCCAUUUCAAAUGCACCCAAUGCCAGCACGAAUUCUGUGGCGGCUGUAAUAGGCCCUUCAAAUUAGGCGCGGGGUGUGACUUCUCAGCGGAGUGUGGGUCCAAGGGGUUACAUGCCCACCACCCCAGGGACUGCCUGUACCACCUGAGGGACUGGAACGUGCCCAGACUACACAGGCUGCUUCAGCUUUACGGAGUGCCCCUCGCUGGCAUGGUCAAAUCCAAAGAGGACUCUACAGGAACAAACUCAGAAGGUUUGUGUGCAGUCCUGGAGCACAGAGAGAUGGGUGGAGACGGGCCUUGUGGUCUACCGACUCUCCCAGAGUACAGUGGCUACUGCGUCUUACACUAUAAAGAGUGUCUAGUGGAGCUGAUCAACCGGAGUCACGCGGAUCCAGCCGCUCUGUUCGAUGUGGCUGAGAUGUUGGCCGAGUUACAGCGGUGGCACAUUCCUGUUCCACAGAAGAACCUUCAGGAUUCUGAGGCACUCUAUGUACAGCACCUUAGAAAGACCCUGACUAGGAAGGUUAGCCUGAGGGACAACAAGCUAUCCCCUGUGAAGGUGAAAGAUGACCUUUGCCCCCUACCCUCAUCGAGCCCUGCGGGACCACGCCUGUCUUCUGCUCAGAGAAACACACCAAGGCGCUUCCAUGACGACUCCCAAUUGCUGCUCUUGCUCAACGACUAAGGCAAUGUAAAAUACUUGGCCUCACCUGGGCUGGGUUCCUUAGGGCACAUGAUGGCAAAUGCUUUUACAUGUUUUGCUACGAAUUUUUUUUUUGUGUUUCUUAAUGGAUAAGGCCAGGUUCCUUGCGUCAGUCCGUUUUCUUCCGUUUGGUGCCUAGUGAAUACCACCCAGGGUUGUGUUAAGUAGGGAGAAAACAUUUUUUAAUUAAGUGAAACUGGGGAAGGGACUACCCGGUCUUGUCCAAUGAGAAACACACAUUUGUUUUCAGUUGCAAUUUUUUGUUGUUGCGUGUCCUAAUAAACAUGAUCCAGGGGUAAUAUUUAACUUCAACCAUCUGUCAUAAUGGCUAUGUAACACUGGCCUAAUAAUGACAUAGAAAUAGUGCCAUAAAACAGUCCAGGGAAGGCAGGGACAAGGUAAAUUGGUCCUUUGAGGAGCUGUGUUGCACACUGCUGCUCUAGAUCUAGCUAUGCUGUGGCCAGGAUUCAAUCAAAAGUGCACGGUAAACACAGUGGAUGUCGACUCGAGCGUAAAGUGCAGUGCACUUUUGAUUUGAAAUAACUAACGGAUCCGGUACAUUAAGAUUUUGUUUGUUUUCAUGUUAUUCUAAUUUAUUUGACGGUUUUUUUUAAUAAACAUGUAGCUACAAACAUAUAAACGCAACAUGCAACAAUAUCAAAGAUUCUAUUGAGUUACACUUCAUAUCAUGUAAUCAGUCAAUUUAAAUACAUUUGUUCCUGCUCGGUGAGUAUGCAGGCCAUGGAAGAACUGUGCAUUAUCAUGUUGAAAUGUGAGGUAAUGGUGGCGGAAGAAUGGCACCACAAUGAGCCUCAGGAUCUGAUCAGGGUAUAUCUGUGCGUUCAAAUUGACAUUGAUUAAAAAGCGUUCGUUGUCCACAGCAUAUGUCUGCCCGUACCAUAACCACCAUGGGGCACUCUGUUCACAACGUUGACAGCAAACCGCUCGACCACAUGACGUUAUAGACGCUGUCUGCCAUGUGCCCGGUUCAGUUGAAACCGGGAUUCAUCCGUGAAGAGCAGUGUGCCAGUGGCCAUCGAAGGUGAGGAUUUGCCCACUGAAGUCAGUUAUGACGCCGAACUGCAGUCAGGUCAAAAUGACAAGCACGAAGAUGAGCUUCCCUGAGAUAGUUUGUGCAGAAAUUCUUUGGUUGUGCAAACCCACAGUUUUAUCAGCUGUCCGGGUGGCUCGUCUCAGAACAUCCAGCAGGGGAGAAAGCCGGAUGUGGAGGUCCUGGGCUGUCGUGGUUACACACGGUCUGUGUUUUUUAGGCCGGUUUGACGUACUGCCAAAUUCUGUAAAAUAACUUUGGAGACAGCUUAUGUUAGAGAAAUUAACAUUUAAUUCUCUGGCCACAUCUCUAAUGGACAUUCCUGCAGUCAGCUUGUGAAUUGCAUGCUCCCUCAACUUGAGGCAUCUGUGACAAAACUGCACAUCUUUGUGGCUUUUUAUUGUCCCCAGCACAAGGUGCAGCUGUGUAAUGAUCAUGCUGUUUAAUCAGCUUCUUGAUAUGCCACACCUCGGGUGGAUGGAUUAUCUUGACAAAUGAGAAAUUCUCACUAACAGGGAUGUAAACAAAUUUGUACACAAAAUUUGAGAGAAAUUAUAUUUUUGUUUGAAUUGAACAUUUCUGGGAACUUUUAUUUCAGCUCAUGAAACAACAUGAGACCAACACUACAUGUUGCGUUUUAUAUUUUUUUAAAGUAUAUUUUUAAAAGCACUUAGUUCACAUAAAAUAAACUGUACUGUCCCUAUAGACCAGUAUACACCCCACUGUGAGGAUCAGUGGGAAAUGUAUGAUAAGUAACUAAUCUAAAUUUCAGGCUGUAAGGCAACAAAAAGUGACGUGUGUACUUUCUAUAGCCACUGUAUUGCAGUACAGUUUAUUUUUGUUGUCCUCUAGUUCUCACUUCUCAGGAUCUCAAACAAACUUUCAAAAUGUAUUGUACUAGAGAAGUUCUUGAGACAUACAUUUCUUCUGCUAUGACCAGCCUGUGAAUUAUUUCAUACUUUAACACUGAAAUAUUGUUAAAUGAAAGGAACUUGAUGUAACACUUAACUUAAAGCCGACAGGUAUAAUACAUUAAGAUGUGGGUGAAAUGGGUUGUAAACUUGUUAUUGAUUUUAUUCAGAUUUUCGUUAGAAUAGCUGCUGCUUGGCAAAAGCUAUCUGGGGUCAACAAAAAACACUGAUACUCUGAUAGACAAGGACAGUCACACUAAUUUAAAAUACAAAAAUAAAUAAUAGUAGUACAAACGUGUGUGUGUCCCCCUCAGUCUUCGCCGUUCCAUUAAAUGUUGUUUAAUACUUUUUUAAGGGUAAUUUUUGCUGUUUGCUUGAGUAAUUGGAGAUGGGAGUUCCAUGCGAUCAUUGCUCUAUAUUAUACUGUGCGUUGCCGUGAGUUCGUUUUGGACUUGGGGACUGUGAAGAAACCACUGGUGGCAUGUCUUGUGGGGUAUGAGCUGAGUGUUAUUUGAUUAUGCAGACAAUCUGGAAUUUUCAUUACAGUAGUACUUCUCAUAACUAGAAGAGAAGCAGUUAAUCUCUUGUCAACCAGGAAAGACUGGCAUGCAUGUUGUUGAUGUUAGUUCUGUAUGUGCAGCUAAGGGCAAGGUGUGCUGCUCUGUUUUGAGCCAGCUGCAGCUUUGCUAGGUCUUUCUUUGCUGCUCUUGAACAUAUUACCAGACAGUAAUCAAGAUGGGACAAGAACAGAGCAUGAACUAGUACAGUUGAUUUGUGUCAAAACACAGAAUCUUUUGAUAACAGACAUAACCCUCCCCAUCUUCACAGCAACUUUGUCAAUAUGACCAUCCAACGUUAUACCCGAGGAGUAUACAGUUGAAGUCGGAAGUUUACAUACACCUUAGCCAAAUACAUUUAAACUCAGUCUGGCCAAACCCAGACGACGCUGGGCCAAUUGUGCGCCGCCCUAUGCGACUCCCAAUCCCGGCCAGAUGUGAUACAGUCUGGAUUCGAACCAGGGACUGUAGUGACGCCUCUUGCGCUGAGAUGCAGUACCUUUGACCACUACGCCACUAUGGAGCCCUGACUGUAACUCCUUAUUUAUAAUUUCAGUGAGUUCACUGGUUUUGGGUUCUGACAUGUAGAGUGUGGAAUCAUCUGCAUAUAUAGUCAUUCUAGCUUUUACAUAAGACCAGUGGCAAGUCAUUUGUAAAAAAAUAGAGAAGCGUAACAGCCCAAGACAACUGCCCUGAGGGACACCGCACUGUACAUAUCUGAUGUUAGAGAAGCUUGCAUUGAAGAACAUUCUGGGUUCUAUCGGAUAAAUAACUCUCCGACCAUGUGAUGUAAAGCCAUAGCUAGCGUGUUUCCUAAAUAAAAAUGUAUGAUCAGUAACAUCAAAGGCUGCACUGAAAUCAAACAAUACAGCUCCAACUAUCUUAUUAUCCAUUUAUUUUGAACCAAUCAUCUGUCAUUUGAGUCAGUGCAGUACAAGUUGAGUGUCCUUCUCUCCAUCAGUUUACUAAGAACAGGUAGCAAACUGAUUUGGUGGCUGUUAGAGCCAGCAAAGGGUGCUUUACUAUUUUUAGGCAGUGGAAUUACUUUAGACAUAUAAACAUAUAGCAAAUAGGGGUGUCAUUACAGUCUACCGUUCUCAAUAGUUUCCCAUCAAGGUUGUUUAGACCUGGCGGCUUUUCAUUAUUGAUGGAUAACACUAGCUUUUCCAUUUCUCCCACACGAACUUGACCAAAUUCAAAACGGCAAACCUUCUCUUUCAUAUUAGAUUGAUUUUUUUAUACAAAAAAAGUAUGGUUUACUGUUCAAUGUUGUCAUUUCACCUCUUGAGGUUUUCCACUUUACUAGUGAAAUAGUAAUUGAAAUGAUUGGCAAUAUCGAAAGGCUUUGUUAUAAACGACCCAUCAACUUCAAUGAUCGAUGGAUAUUAAUUGGGUUUCCUGCCCAUGAUGUCAUUUUAGGUAAUUCAAAAUCUUUCAAUUGUGUUGUCAUUUACCUUAGUUUGGUAAUGCCAAACAUUUCAACCUAUCAGCUGAGCAUUCUGAUUUGUUUGCCACCUCUUUUGCAUAAUUUCUUUAAACCAUAACAUUUUUCAGUUCAUCAUCAAUCCAGAGGGCCCUAACAGCUCUCACAGGCAAUGUCUUAAUAGGUGCAUGUUUGUCAGCAAUUGGCAUGUAUAAUUUUACUUCCAGUGCUGCAUCUGGAUUCACUUCCUCAUACACAUCAGACCAACAUAAAUGUUUUAUAUCUUCAACAAAAGAGUCCUGAGAACAUUUUGUAUGAUCUCUUCAAUUACUUUAUAUUCAGCUUUUGGCACUUUGGCUUUCCUUGUUAUUGCCACAAUGUUAUGGUCACUACAGCCAAUGGGAUCUGAAAAUGCUUUGGAGCAAAGCUCUGCAGCAUUAGUGAAGAUAUGAUCAAUACAGGUGGAUGUCACAGAUCCUACAAUAUUGGUAUGCCCUGUAGUUGGUUGAGUGAUAACCUGGGUCAUAUUACAGGCAUGAUUGACCCCAUUUAUAAUGUAUUUUCAUCAUUGCAAUUUAUGCUGUUGGCUUUGGUACAUAAUUCAAUUCAAGUGAAGUACAGAACUGUAUUAUGCAAGUAGAUAUAAAAAGCUACUCAAUUUAACAGCACAUUUCUGGGCCUUAUCCAGUAGGGUGCAAAGUUUAUUGUAUAUAGUUCUAUCCGGACCUUUCACACUCCUGAAUAAGCUCUUUUUUCCCCCCAGCUGCAUUAAACCAUGAAGUUAUUUUUUUACUCAUAAAUUCGCUAUGCAAUAAAGGUAUUCACUACUUAUUGGUACGGUAUGUAGUAAUGAGUAUCUGAUUCACUAACGUUUGCAAUGAAGUUGCCCCUAGAUGCUGAUCUUGGGUCAGUUUUGCAUUUCCCCCACCUAUGGUUAAGAAUAUGAUUGGGGGAGGGGAAUCUGAUAUUAGAUCUGUACCUAGGGGAAACAUCACCCCGGAGUAUUUUUGUUGUGUGUUAAAAUGAUCAGGGAGAAGGACAGUGUGAUGUUGCAUCGAUUUAACAGCUUGUCCUGGUACCUCUUCAGGAAAAGUACAACUGACUUUAGUAAUAAACAUAUUUUUCUACUGAC